AUGAGUGAUUAUACUGCUCGAGUGCAAGAUCCAGAUAGUUACAAUGGUGCUAGUCAUGAUAAUUUCAGUUGGUCGCAAAGUAUAAGCGACCUUGACGUGCUCCUGAACAUUCCUAGCAGUCUGAUGAGCCCCCGUGACCUCAAAGUCAGCGUAUCGAGCAAGGAAAUCAAGGUCGCGAUAAGAGAAAAAAAUAUUACCGGCGCCGAUAGUCCUGAAAAAUGGUCUCACUUGUUAAACGGUCAAUUAUCAUUCCCCGUAAAGCAAAAUGAAACCAUUUGGAGUCUAAUUCCUAGCCAGCAUAUUCACAUUCAUUUAGAAAAAGCCGCUGAAAGAUGGUGGGAAGCUUUGAUAGUCGGUGAGGCUAAAAUAAAAUUAAGUGAAAUAGACUGUUCGCGAGAUUACAGCGAACUUAAGCCAAUUGAGCAAAGCAAGUUGCAAGAAUUGAUGUGGUAUCAACAACAAAAAUUACUAUCUAGGUCAAGCGAUAAAUAA